UAAUUUUAAUGCUUUAUCUCUGUUUGGAUCCAUCAAUGGCAUUCACCGCCCUGGAGUCAAGGCCCCAGUAUCAAGAGAAGGUGAUAUGCUAUCCAACGAUGGUCUGCUAGUGUUAUUUAAGCUGAUAAAUACAGGACAUUAUCCAACUAUUAUUGACAGAAUUUUGAUGAAUUUGGAUGGAAUAACACUAUCAAGCCUUGAGCUGGGUAGCACUCAACUUCAAGCUAUAAUUCAGGACAUGUUCUGGAGAAACAAGAGAAGACUGGAACUUCAUUGGGAUUCAUGGCUUCCAACUAGAACUCGGUUAGAAUGUGGAGUUCAAAUUAGUUCUCUGGCACAGUUUAAUCUUGAAAUAUUUUGCGGAUUAAAGUCUGGAAAAGUACAGAUUUAUGACUCAAACCUAAUUCUUGAGACAACAUUGGAGUUUCACAGCAGAGAGGUUCUGGGAAUAUCUAGUAAUGGUGAUGUUCUCGUGAGUGUUGGAAGAGAUUCACAGCUUUGUGUUUGGAGUUUCAAAAGAAAGAAUCAGCGACAUCUUUCCAUAACUCUUCCUCAUCAGCCACUAUGCGUCAAAUUACAAGGUGAGCUAGUGUUUGUUGGACUUGAGUCUGGAGGAAUCCUUGUUUUUCAACAUCUUACCUCUACCCAUCUUGUCCAUAAACAGGAACUUGUGGGACACACUCAAGCAGUUACUUGUUUGGAUGCUGAUACACUUUUCUUAAUUUCAGGCAGUCAGGAUAAUACUUUAAAGUUGUGGAGCAGGGCUGAUGGGAGAAAAAUAAAAGAUCUGACAGGUCAUGUUUCAAAGAUUACAACAGUGCGGAUGAUUUACCCAACAGCAAUAAGUGGAUCCCGAGGUGCUGAAAGAUGUAUUCGAAUAUGGAAUGUGCAGGCAGGCUGGUGUAUGUUUAAGAGUGCUGAAAACUGAGAAUAAUGUCAGAUCGAUAGAUUUUAAUAUGAAAAGAAUUGUAUCAGGAGAUGACGAUGGAUAUUUGGUAUUUUGGAAUCUAGAAAACUGUCUAGAUCUAGGAUCUAGUCAUUCUCUUCUAUCCUACAG